GCAGAGUACCAGUCCACCUCUUCUGAUGAUAAUUGCUUGCAUUUGCUGACAUCUAACUAUAUAACUGAAACAAUGUCAAGAUGUGCACAUUUGGUUAAAGCGCAAUGUUGGACAACUAGGUGGCCUCGUGCGGGAGAUGGUAGAGUUGAAGAUGUUUAAGUGGUAUCUUCUUGAUCAAUCGAUGAGACUGCAUAUCAAGGCCAAGGCUUCAAUGACGGUCUUUUGGUUCAGGAUGACACUGCACUCAUGUCAAUAAGAGAUAACGAAAAUGAAUUCAUUAGAGGCGAGUAAAAACUGUCAGCAACAAUUCGGUCCAUACUCCAUUACACUGUAAAAUUAAAUUAUAAAAGCAGAAUUAUACGUACUUAUCAAGCCAAAGUUUAUAUUUAAACAAAUAAAAGGUUAAUAGGUUAGCCAUAUCAAGCAACUAACCACCUACAGACCAAAAAGUGUUACAUAUAAUAUCAUAAUAUGAGAUGAUAAUCUUAGAACAUAACCAUCACUUGGUCAGUGAUACACUGUUAUAGUGAACAGAGUUUGUGACAGACAACCUGUACACCUGAUACAUAUUCAAAUAUGAUAGUGUAUUGAAAAAAUUAGGCUAUAAAUAUAUAAUGCAUUCAAAUAUGAUAUCAUGUGCAUUCUCAAAGUAUUUGAUGCCAUCCAAAACAAUACAAAGCGACAAUUUACACAAAUAUAAGUAUAAAUUUUCCAUCUACAUGCUGAAAAAAGAGAGGAUUAGUGCAGAGGAUAAAUAAAUCAAUCAAUCAACAGGGGAAUCAAGCACCUAAUUAAGUUAGUUAGCUCUAUCAACCAGAGUCCAUACAUUGUUUCUGUACAAUGGUCUCAACAUGGACACCAUCACUCAUAUCACAAAUCACAAGAGUACAUGGGAGAGCUACGACGACGACGAUGUUGUACAUGGUGAAUCUAGAGCUACAUUCAUGACGGUGAACCGAGCGAGCACUCAAAUAAUAAAUACAUACACGACCAGCUUACUGUAUUGUAUUAUGUGCUUUUCAUAAGCAAGCAGAGAGUUUAUUGGCUUUGCAUAAGUUGCCUAACAUCUCCCGGAGUUGCUGAUACAAGUUCCUCUGCUCCUCGCUACAUCAAGUUUCUUAAGACCAAAUGCAUGAUACACAGGAUAAAAAGUUUCUUAAGGUCAGAUGAUGGCAAAAGAAGGUACGAUGUUGGUGUAUGAGAACCAUGGGCGAUACACGGGACAAUAAUAAAAUCAAAUGAAAACCAUCAAGAUGCAGUAGAUACGACGGACCUGAUCCAAGAUUGUGUCCGCAGAGAAAUUGUGGGGCGAGAUGAACAAUUGGUGGUAUAUGUAUGCAAAAACUGUCAUAACCAUCUAGGGAAAAUGCAUAAGAACAGUUGUCAUUUUCAGCUAAACUGCAUAUUCAGCUAAAUUAGAAACAGCAACAGAAUUUAGGCCACAACAGGCAAGGCUCAAGUUCUCGACCGACCCACAAAACUACAUGGCCAGCCUCCUGAUCACAGGGUCCAGCCGUGUUGCCGCCCAAAGAUCUCCUUCGCCGUUUUCUCCAUCGCACUAGCCCCCUGCCCCAGAAGCUUCUGCAGAGCACCUUUCUGAAGUUCCGCCCAAGUGUUCAGAAAUUGGCAGAGAAGGAAAAUCACGUCAGUAGUAGGAUCACUAGGUCUAAUACCUUUAAAACGGAUUUAUUUCGUGUUUCCACAACGUCCAUAGAACGUAAAUAGUUUGUGAAAAGUAGAACAUGGUCUUGUGAAAUAACUCAAUACAGUAUGACCGUGCGGCUGGAAUGUUGCUGUUAGAAAUUAUCAUUAUGCAGAUACCUCCACCUGCAUAACGCAACCCCCACCCACAUCAAGAGGGAAGUGUUCCGCUGGUAGCCAUUGGAACCACAGUCAUGUAUGGGCGCCAAAUGGCAACUCCUUUUUUACUAAUUAAAUUACUGGUGAGUGGAAGUCCUUGACAUUUGUCUAUUAAUGAAACAAUUGCUUACCGGAUGACAAAAAUGACUAGAGUGACGAUUUCAAGAACUAGACAUCUGGAGCAAAUUUGAAUCCAAAUUUAUGUACAACCUUUAUUAGUGAUCCCCUGAUGCUACUCUAAAUAGUACUUGCAGGCAUUUAGAAAAAGACUAGGGACAUCUAAGGACUAUGAUUAGGGACACCUGUAGGCCAAUAUAGCUGCGCAUGUGCUAGAUAAUUACUGUUUUAUUGUAAUAAGAGCUUGCUUAGUUGGACUGACAAACCUCCUGGCUGUCUAGUCGAUAAGUUGGUUGAUGAUGUAACAAUGUUUUGAUAUCAAUAAAGCUAGCCAUGAAGGCCUUCCCUAAAAAAAGGACAUCUAAGGACUAAGGUAGUGCUUCCUUGAGUCAGACGUGUACUAAUUAACUAUAUUAUACUUGAGCCGGCAGCUACUAGAUUAAUUACGACGAUGAUUUCGGCCGGCAGAGCCGAAUAGUGACCUUUUGGAGUUUCUGAUAUUGAGAGCACGGUCCAGAAAGUCGUCUGCAAAUAUCACUGAAGCAGCGUCUGGCAAUGAUAUGGUUGGGAACUUGUGGUAAAUACCAUGCCGGCAAGCCCAUCUUUCAGGUAGUCUCGUUUGUACCCCAAGCUUCGAUCUCCCUCCUCUGCAAGUCCAUGGGACCUGCCGGUCUCCUCCUCCUCAUACUAGCAACUGCGGCACAAUUGCUCUCCGAGGCGCAGUUUGCCGAGUAUCCCACAGCCAACAUCUCAACACGGUGGGUCAACAACGAAGAUUACAUCUCAAACUUGGGCUUCAAUGAUGGAUCGGUGGUCCGCUCCAUUGUUGUCAGCUCACCACAAACCUUCUUCGGACCCUCCUUUGGCGCAGGUUUCUUCUGUGCCUCCCCCUGCAACGUGUUCCUCUUUGCUGUCUACAUUUUCCACAUUGAUGGUAUUCAUGGUGAGAGUAAGACCGCGAGACCGCACGUGGUAUGGUCUGCCAACCGGGCUCGCCCUGUAAGGGAGGGUGCCACCGUUGAGCUUACCAUUGAUGGGAACUUGGUGCUCCGAGAUGCUGAUGCUAGCCUCGUCUGGUCUAGCGGCAGCUCGGGCCGGUCAGUAGCAGGCAUGGUGAUCACCAAGGACAGCAAUCUGGUGCUAUUUGAUCACAGUAAUGGAACUGUAUGGCAGUCUUUUGAUCAUCCUAGUGAUGUGUUGCUCCCUGGGCAGUCACUACUGGAAGGUACGAGGUUUGUAGCUACAAAUUGGACAGAGAAUCAGUUCUACAUGACAGUUCUUCCCAGAGGAUUGUAUGGUUAUGUUGAAUCCACACCACCACAACUCUACUAUGCAUAUUCAGUAUGGGUGAGCGAGAAUGACACAGGAAAUGGUCCAACAAAGGUUAACUUUGUCAAUGGCAGCCUCAGCCUCCUUGUGCAGUCUAGGCAGCCAAGCAACCCACAUAUGUCUAAUAUCUCACUGCCAGCAGCUAAAUCCACCCAGUACAUGAGGCUUGAGUCUGAUGGUCACCUUAGGCUGUAUGAAUGGUCUCAGGCGGAAGCGACAUGCACUUUGUUGUCUGACGUAACCAAGAUAGAAAGAUUGCCUGAUGAUUGUGCAUUCCCAACAGUGUGCGGAGAGUAUGGCAUAUGCACAGCUGGGCAGUGCACGUGUCCAUUUGAGGACAACUCAAGUUCAACAAAUUACUUCAAGCUGGUGAACGGCCGCAAGGCAAAUCUUGGCUGCGCACCAUUGAAUCCAAUCUCUUGCCAAGAAAUGCAACACCACCAGCUCUUGACCCUUACCAAUGUUUCUUACUUUGAUGAAAGCCACACCAUUGAGAAUGCAACGAAUGGCGACAGUUGUAAGCAGGCUUGCUUGAAGAACUGCUCCUGCAGGGCCGUCAUCUUCAGAUAUGGCCUCAAUGAUUCCAAGGGCGAUUGUCUGUGGGUGACAAAGGUCUUCUCCUUGCAAUCAAUACAACCUGAAACGGCUUCUUUCAAUUCGUCUGCUUACCUCAAGGUGCAAUCUAGCCCCUCUUCUGCUGCAAACAAAAAGGUCAUUCUAGGCAUCACCCUUGCACUUGUUACUACUAUCAUAUUCAUUGCCAUUGUUAUCACUGUUUGUCUGCUAAGGAGGGGAAAGUAUGAAGACAAUGAUGAAGACCUCCAGUUUGAUCAAUUACCAGGGAUGCCAACAAGGUUUCCAUUUGACAAGCUGAGAGAAUGCACUGAAGGAUUCAAUAAAAAGCUUGGAGAAGGUGGAUUUGGGUCAGUUUUUGCAGGGAAAUUAGGCGAAGAGAGAGUUGCAGUCAAACGUCUGGAAGGUGCUAGACAAGGAAAGAAAGAGUUUUUGGCAGAGGUUGAAACCAUUGGAAGCAUAGAGCACAUCAAUCUUGUCAGGCUGAUUGGCUUUUGUACAGAGAAAUUCCAAAGGCUUCUUGUGUACGAAUAUAUGUCGGGAGGGUCACUUGAUAGAUGGAUCUAUUACCGCCACGAUAAUGCCCCACUAGAUUGGCACACAAGGUGUGGAAUCAUUCUGGAUAUUGCCAAAGGCCUAUGCUAUCUUCAUGAGGAGUGCAGGCGAAAGAUAGCUCAUUUGGACAUCAAACCACAAAAUAUUCUCUUAGAUGAGAACUUUAAUGCCAAAGUGGCCGAUUUCGGACUAUCUAAGCUAAUAGACAGGGAUCAAAGCAAGGUAAUGACGAUGAUGAGAGGCACGCCUGGGUAUAUGGCACCUGAAUGGUUAACCUCACAAAUCACUGAAAAGGUUGAUGUCUACAGCUUUGGAGUAGUUGUCAUGGAGCUAAUAAGUGGGAGAAAAAAUAUUGAUAAUUCUUUGCCUGAGGAGAGUUCUCACCUCAUCAAUUUGUUACGAGGAAAGGCUCGAGAUAAUCAAAUGAGUGAUCUGAUUGACGAACAUAGUGAAGACAUGCUCUCGCACCAGGAGCAGGUCAUUCAAAUGAUGAAGCUUGCAAUGUGGUGCCUGCUAAAUGAUGCCGGUCAAAGGCCUAACAUGUCAAUGGUGGUAAAGGUAUUAGAAGGUGGGAUGAGCAUAGAAACCACUAUUCUUCACAGAUUUCUCAAUACAAAUACAGUCUUGCCCCUGGAAGAUAAUCCGAACGCAUAUUCAGUUCAAACUCAAGCAUCAAUUUUAUCUGGACCAAGGUGAAAUAAGUGGCUAAUGAGAAGAAGACAUCCAACUUAAUUACACACUUGGUUUUCGUAACUGUUUUUUAAUCUUAUCUUAUUUGUACAUUGUAAGUAUGUUUUGAAUAGCUUGAAAACAAAAAUACAGGCCAAUAUAUAUGUUUCAUUGUCUGUUCGGUGAUCUGUACCACAUACCUUUUCAUCUGCAGAGUACAGUCCACCUCUUCUGGUAGCCCAAAAAUAUAUUUGUGAACUACGUGCCUAGGAAAUUUACCUGCAAUGUAAUUAAUAGUGUAUCAAUCUAUGGAAUACUGAAUUCCCCGAUUUUGCAAAUAGUGUUAUGAACCUGAUGGGGAUAGGCACCAAAUGGAGAUAGCAAUAGAAGUCUUUUGAAAAAUUCAGCAGCAACACUAUAUAGGCGUUUUGCAGUGAUGUAACUAAACUUUUUAGACCAGCGAACGUUGGUCAGAGGGAAGAUGAAAGUAACUACUAACUAAACUUGUUUUUUCAAUAAAACUGGUUAGCAGCUAAUGGUAUAGACUACAGAGUUGGUGCUUACACGAUAAUUACCUGCAUUUGCUGACAUCUAACUACUCCCUCUGUCUCAUAAUAGAAGUGCGUUUUUGAAAUGUUAGCGUAAAAAAUGCUCUUAUAUUAUGGGACGGAGGGAGUAUAUAACUAAAACAAUGUCAAGAUGUGCACCUUGGUUCAAGCACAAUGUUGGAUGACAGGGACUGAACCUUUUCUCCACAAAUGAGUUUGAGAAACCAGGUGGGACAGGUGGCCUUGCCGUGGGAGCUGGUGGCGUUGAAGAUGUUUAAGCAAUAGCUUCUUGAUAAAUCGAUGACACCACAUGUCAAGGCCAGGGCUUCAAUAACACUGUUUUUUGCUUCAGGAUGACACUGCACUCAUGUCGAGGUUUAGGGUAUUAUGAAAAUGAAUUCAUUAGAGACGCCUUGGACUCGCGGAUCUUGCCGAAGAGGCCCCUCGGGGCGGUGGUUUCCUGGCACAGCAGCGCCCAGCCGAAGGUGGCCGCCUCUGUCGCCAGCACCGAGCCGAGCAUGACCACCAGGUGCCCGACAACAGCCUCCGCCAUGUUUCUGACUUAUUUGCUACCUAGCAUCCCCAGGCAGCCCGGCGGCUUCCUGGGGAAGCAUAUGGACGGUAGUUGAGGCUUUGAGCUCGGUCAAAUCUUUCAAAGCAAUAAGGUGUUAACAUUGUAGUGUUGUGAUUCAAUCUUAUUCCAUCUCCACUCUUUGAAUGCCGUAAUGCACAUCAUACCAACUGAAUGGCUGGUGCUACAUGCGUACAAGUUGGAAAAAUAUGCAUGCUCUGGCAUUUCGUCGAUCACCUAACGUGCGUGCAGAUCGGCGACGGGGAAGCAGAGCAAUUUGUGCUGGACUAUUGUUUACGAGGAGACGGGGAGGGGCUGGGAUACAACGAGGUGGAGGGGGAGGGUGUGGUGAUGGUGGGCGGCGGGACUACUGGGACCGAGGAGGAAGCAUGAGAUGUGUCGACGAACGGACGGCGUACUUGCGGAGGAGACGGGAAAGGAGAUGACACGGAUGAGGGGUUGGGCGGCGGGCUGCCGCGGCAGAGAUAAGACCCGCGAGCGCGAGGCGUUGGCGGCGGGCGACGCCGGCGGCGGCCACCGCCGCGCCUGACCGGCCUGCCAUGGCUGCCUGGACGAGGUGGGGUCUGCACGGGAGAGA